UAUAACAAAAUAACAAAAAAAAGAAACAAAGUCUUCUGUAGGUGAUUAAAUCAUUGAGGCGGUACCGCACCCCCACUGUGCGCGUGAUACAGCAGUGGGGUUUCGGACACACGCUAGGGCUGAGUCAGGUGUUUUUGCUGUGCUUCUGAUGAACCUCCUCCAGUCCCAGCUGCGAGCCUGAAGAAUGCAGCCCGUUUCAUUGAAGAACUCCUUAGACCACCAGGUCGAAGCGCUAAGGUUCCUUAGGAAAGCCCAUCAAACUCGAAUUGAAUUUGGAGCAGGUCAUAAUCAGGAUGAAUUUAGCAAAGACACACAGUCACCAGAAACUCAUCCGGUGAUAACUGGCAAUUCUGGGCCAUGCGUUUUGAAAGCUAACGGUUCGGGUUGGAAAAGGAAACACAUCACAGAUGAUAGGCAGACGCCAGUGACACCAGUCAGCACACUCGCACAGAAAGCUAGGCGAAGCAUUCUAACCAAACUAAUGGAGAUCGCUUCUCAGCUGAUGGCAGCAGAGCGCAACAUUCAAUGCACACCCCUUCAGGCACAGGGAGUUUCUAUUCACUCAAAGGACAGCAUUGAACUUCGAAACAUCUGCAGCCGUAUAGCAUCACAGGCAGAGCGGUCCCAACCAGACAGAGACCUGAAGGAACUGCAUGGCUGCUUGAAAUCAAUCACAGAGAAUCUGCUGUCAUUGCUGUCCACCUCCAGCUCCGAUUCCACAUACUGCAUACCGCAUACCAGAAACCUCCGACACAUCCUCUGGGCUUUUCCAGAUAUUUGAAAUGGUCUGCUGUAUUUCAGUUGUAAUCAAUGGUCCACUAAAGGGGUUUUAUGUAGGCAUUUUUUUUUUUCUGCAAGGAAUUUGAUUUUGGAGAGCAGACAAGCCUUGAUGAAGAAGCAAGGGUCUGUGGUGUGAUGCUUUACUUUUUAGUCUCUGUGUCAUGUGGUGUGUAAUCGUGCUGGCCCGACACUUUUAUUGCAUGAAAAAAAACAUGUUGGUCAGUUGGUAGCAUUUAAAGAACAAUGAUUCUGUUCAAAAGUGUAGUUUUUAUGCAGGAUACAAUUAAGUUUUGUUUUACUGUAUAUAUAUAUAUAUAUAUAUAUAUUCAUUUUAAGGUUUGUGCUGUAUGUAGGGUUUCAUCUAUUUCAAUAUAUGAUCGGUGAAGUGGGUUGAACAAUCUUGAAGCACCAAUAAACUCAGGUGUUGAGUUCUUAUUCUUCAUACAGAUUACCUGGGAACUACAUUAGAUAUUCACACAAUGUAAUCAACAUUUAAGCAUGUUUACUUUAGGUUAAUUUUAGUGUAGGUUAAGACUAACUCCGGAAUAUGUAUGUUUAUAUAAUAUUUUCACCAAGAUACUGUAUGUGGUCAGUGCUGGUUUUGAGGAAUUUGCAGAAGAGAUCCAGGAGGAAUAAAACAGAUCUUGAUAUUAACAGUUUCUAAAAUGUAAACUGAAAUCAUUGAAACAUUUACAAUAUGGAUGUAUUCUGUUACAACCGCAUAGUUUAUCAAAGUAACUAAAAUGGGAGUGUUAUGAAUGCGUAUUUCUUAUGCAGGGCAGUUAAUGUGACAUUUUCAAGUGGUGAAGUGAUUAGUGUUACCCAACGUUUCAAAAUCCAUUUUCUUUCAUCGUCUUCUCAGCAUUCACAGCAUUAUCACUCCCUCAUACUUCUAAAACCUAUUUUAGAUAUUUUCUUUUGUAUACUUUAACUAUAUACACUAUAGUUUAAAAAAAAAGUGAAAACAAAUCUGCCUGGAAUGUGAUCACGUCUAAUGCGGCUGACCAUUUAAGUGAAACCGAGCUACAGCAAAGGAAGGGGGUUUAAAUCCUUGGUUAGCACCCCUUUAACAGCAAGGUUACCUUGUAGUUCUUUUAUGGUUUUUAUUUAUUUAUUUAUUUUACUAUGCUUUAAUGGUACAACAAUUCAAGCUAUAUAAUAGUCUGCUGUUCAUUGAGAAAGCUGUAGUUUGGUAGUUCGCUACAGUUACUUGAAAACUUAUUCUAUAGGGAAUUCUGUAUCUCCACAGGCUCUCUCAAAAUGUUUACCUGCAAAAAUUUCAAUAAAUCUCCCCUUUUCAAAA